UUUGCCGUGCGUGCUGUUGGGGAGACUAAAGAUUAAAGGGUCAUGCCAGUUAAUGUGGUGUUGAACGGGCCGCCUCCCUGGGGUUUCCGCCUAACAGGAGGAAAGGACUUCAACCAGCCCCUGACCAUCUCCAGGAUCACUCCCGGCAGUAAGGCGUCCAUUGCCAACUUGUGUGCAGGUGACAGAAUCCUGGCCAUCGAGGGAGUCCCGGCCAUAGACCUGAUGCACUGUGAAGCCCAGAACAAGAUAAAGGAAUCCACCCAUCGGCUUUGUCUCACCGUUGAAAGGAAUGAAACAACGCUGUGGUCCCCACGUGUUGUGGAGGAGGGUAAAACUCACCAAUAUAAACUAAACCUGGAAGCUGAAAAGAAGGAAUAUAAACCAAUUGGCACUGGUCACAACCGAAAAGCUCAGCCUUUUGUUGCGGCAGCGACCAUCGAUGACAGGCGCCAGGUGGUCAGCACGGCCUACAACACUCCCAUAGGCCUCUACUCCUCGGGCAAUAUCCAGGAUGCCAUGGAGGGCCAGAUCCGAGGCCUGGCUCCCCACAAGCCUGAGGGCCCCAGGACUUUGACCAGCAUUGAGGAAUCUGACGUGUACCGGAUGCUACAGAAGGAUCAGGAGCAGCAACUUGAGCCUCGGCAGUCUGGCUCCUUCAGGGCCCUCCAGGAAUUCAUUGACAGCGACGGCACUCGUCCCAUUGUGACUCGCUCAGUGAAAGCCCCGACAACCAAGCCAUCUCCGCCUACAGGAAACCUGCAGAAACUGCCCGUUUGCGACAAAUGUGGGAACGGGAUUGUUGGGACGGUAGUGAAGGCUCGGGACAAGUAUCGCCACCCUGGUUGCUUCGUGUGCUCCGACUGUGACAUCAACCUGAAACAGUCGGGCUAUUUCUUUGUGGAGGGGCAGCUGUACUGUGAGAUUCACGCCCGUGCCAGAAUGAGACCGCCGGAGGGCCACGACCUUAUCACAACAUUUCCUGCAUAGACCCACCCCCCACCGCCCCCACCCAGAUGAGCGCAGACGCAACCGCUUUGCCGAGCCCCUCUUGUGUCCUACAUCUGUGUUUUAUGUGUCCCCCUGCACCUUGAUGCCGUCUGUGUGCAAUAGUAUUUCAGUACAGCCUGAACUUAGCAGUACAAUGUUUUAACCUGUACAUCACAUUUUGAUGUAUGUGAUAAUAAAGGAGCUUGGUUUUUAAGGAGCCCAGUGGAGACAGCGAAACACUCUGA